AUUCCAACUGAAAUCCAUUCUUUAAAGAGGCGUUGUGGUUGGUGCUGGAGAUGGUGAUUUUCUUCUAAAAGAGCAAGAAUUAAAAGCAUAGGCGUUCAAUUGUAGGGACAGUAGUAUCUACAUAGAUAUUUACAUAUAAUACAUACGUACACAACGCAUGCAUAUUUUCGUGUGAAACGUGAAACCACCAAUCCAGUUCAACUAAUAGUUUUUGCAAUCGUAGUAUAAAAUUCGAAUGGACGUUUUGUAUAAGAUACUUAACAUAGGUUGCAUUGCUCUGUCCGUUGUGUUGCCGGUUUUUCGUUCUUUCUAUAGAAACGAGAAGUAGUAAUUUAAAAUAAGUAGAGAUCACAACGAAUUUAUGAUGGUACAAGUACGAUAUACUCGUAACUUAUUCUUACGGGGGAUGUGUAUUGUAUAUCUCUUCGCGUUCCUUAGCUUUUAUGUACAAAUUCCGGGAUUGUACGGUGAUAAUGGAAUUCUACCAGCUAGAACUCAGUUGGAUCUCAAAGGACGGGGAACUUUACUUCACAAAUUAACACAGAAGCCAACGUUGUUGUGGUUUGCUCCUUACUUUGGACUAAACGUCGAGUACAUGCUAGAUAUAUUAUCACUUAUCGGAGUUGUUCUUUCCUUUGUGGGAUUUGUGUCGCAAAGAUUCUGCAUUGCACCGGUAUUUGCAUCACUGUGGUCACUAUAUUACUCUCUCUACCGAAUUGGGCAAACAUUUAUGUUGUUUCAAUGGGAUGUGCUUCUUUUGGAAGCAGGAUUCUUAUGUGUAUUAGUAGCACCGUUAUGGUAUUCUCAACGGGGAAAAACAAAUACACCGAGUGAUGCUGUGACUUUCUGGACCGUACGUUGGUUACUUUUUCGUUUAAUGUUUUCCAGCGGGGUAGUAAAACUUACUGCUUAUUGCCCAGUAUGGUGGAAAUUAGAUGCUUUGAAUGUGCAUUUUGAAUCGCAAUGUAUACCUACUCCGUUAGCAUGGUAUGCGCAUCAUUUGCCAACGUGGUUUCUACGUUUUACUACAGUCAUUGUGAAUAUUACCGAACUUGUUGUUCCAUUUUUAUUUUUCUUCCCAAAUAGAAAAGUGAGAAUAACAGCUUUUUAUAUUCAAAUGUUCCUUCAAAUACACAUUAUAGCAACAGGAAACUAUACUUUCUUCAACUUCCUAACUAUCUGUUUGUGCAUUUCUUUACUCGACGACCAAUUUUUUUAUAAGAGAAAAUCAAAUAAUAGUUCUAAUAGUUUUAUAAAAUAUCUCUCUACCAUAUUGUGUAGCCUAGUUUAUGCAGCUAUCUUAUAUGGAACUUGUGUGUAUUAUAAUGUUAGACUUACCGAUAACUGGACAAUUCAAAGUGAUAUCGCCUUCACACAAGACCAAUUCAAUUAUGUUUUGUCACGUGCGGUUCCAAUUUCUGUUUACAUUGGCGUAGCGUCUCUUAGCUUAGCAAUAGCAGAUGCAAUAGUCAAUUCUUUAUUAACGGUCAAAGGAAUGCGAAAUAAAAUUUUCACGACGUUCGUGACAAGUUUGUACACAGCAGCAGUUUGUUUUAUUGUUUCUAUAAGUAUUGUACCGUAUGCUACGUUACAUCAAUCUUAUAAUUCAACAAUACCGACUCAACUGAAACAAAUUCAUGCAAAAGUCGAACCAUUUCGGUUGGUAAAUAGUUAUGGAUUAUUUAGACGCAUGACUGGAGUGGAAGGUAGACGAGAGGUAAUCAUCGAAGGAAGCAAUAACAUCGAUGGGCCAUGGAAAGAAUACGAAUUCUUGUAUAAGCCAGGGAACGUUAACAAUUCAUUACCCUUUGUCGCCCCACAUCAACCACGUCUCGACUGGCAAAUGUGGUUUGCUGCAUUGGGUACAUAUCACCAGAAUCCGUGGCUUAUGUCGUUAGCUUAUCGUCUUUUAAGCGGUCAGCCUGAAGUAUUGUCUUUAAUGAAUAAUGUGGAGAAUCCAUUCCGUGAUAAACCUCCAAAAUACAUUAAAGCCAGUCUUUAUCACUAUCAUUACACUCCAUGGAGCCAGUCGUGGAACAGACAAGCUUGGUGGACGAGAGAAAAAAUUGAGGAAUAUUUUCCAAUAUUUAGUCAUGAUCAUCCACCUCUUAUCGAUUAUUUGUCAAAGAUGAAAAUAAUUCAAGAUAAGCCAACUUUCAAAAUUACGAAUAAACCAUUAAAAUUGGUACUCGAUAGUAUCCGAGCUUUAGUUCAUAAAAUUGAGGCUAGUCUUCUUCUGUGGGGAGUUUUUACGGCAGGUUGUGCAAUUAUUAUGACUAGCUACAAUAGUUCAACUCUAAAGAAAAAAUAUAGCGAAAUUCGACAUGUUAAUGCAUUCGAAAAAUACAAGUAAUAAGAUGUAUCUAACUUAAUAAUAUUUUUCAAGAUACUCAGCUACUAAAGCAUUAUAACUGUUUAGCCAUGAUUAACUUUGAUUCAUAGGCUAUUGAACUCAUAUUUCAACGGACAUAACAUAUUUUCUAACAGUGUUAAAACACUGUAUUGGUUUUUAAAAUUCAAGAUGAUGAGACUUUCAUACAACGCUCAAGCAGCAGUUCAAGGAUUAUAAUUCCACUAUUUUGGUAGCUGAAUAUCUCACAACGCAUGUUUUGGGAUAGAUACGUCUUGAUACUUUCAUUCUCCGAAUUUCUCUUCGAGUCUACUUUGCACUCCCACCUACAGAAAAACUAAUAACAUCGGAUUAGGCUCUCCUUACAACCAAAUAAGAUUUGUUUCAAGCAUUUUUGUCUAUCGUAAAAAAUAAAUGAGUUACUUAGGUAACUUUUGAGCCAGCCCCACUCUGUACGUGUGAUUAAUUACUGCACCGCUUGCGUGAAUCAUUUUCUAAAUUGCGCGUAUGAUUUAUCUUCGAUAUCAUGAUUAUGAAAUACACUACGCGAGUGUUGGUUACAACUAUUACGUGUGGCAAAUAUCGUUGAAAGGACAUUUAGCAAUAUAGAUAAAUAUACUUAUAUUUAUUUUGCAUUAAUAAUUAGGCAAAAAAAAUGUUGAAACAAAAUUG